UCCAUCCAGGAAGAGAAGAAAUCUCAAAACUUUACAGAAAAUGUAGUCGCAGUGUCAAAUGAUGAUGACGACUUUAGGCUGUUGACUGCAAACGCCAGGCAGGCGGGAGAACGGGCGCUGGUGCGCAAAUUGGACUGCCGGCUGAUGACCACUGCUGUGGUCAUAUUCAUCUUGAACUACAUUGAUCGUGUCGCUAUUACUACUGCGCGGCUGCAAGGUUUAGAGCAAGAUCUUGGAUUGACGACCGUUCAGUAUGAAACCAUCCUAGCUAUUCUUUAUGCCACUUAUUGCCCGAUACAAAUACCCUCGAACAUGGUUUGUUUGUGCGCUAUUACGGGACUCAGACCAUCAAUUUAUAUUGGGGCUUGCGUUGUUGGAUGGGGCCUUACAAGUGCUUUGACUGGGGUCACGACUAAUUUCUCAGGCAUCAUGGCUUGUCGUGUGUGCAUCGGUAUUCCUGAGGCUGCGUUCUAUCCUGGUGUCAUGUAUCUGCUUUCGCGAUGGUAUACCAGGAAGGAGCUUGCCGCACGAUCAGCUUGGUUCUAUUGUGGCUCUUUAAUCUCGAAUGCAUUUGGAAGCUUCAUUGCAGCUGGAAUUCUCGCAAGAAUGCAAGGCGUACUGGGACUUGCGGCCUGGAGAUGGUUGUUCUACAUAGAGGGCGCUAUCACUAUGUCCUUUGGUUUCUUGACCAUGUGGCUUCUUCCUGAUUUUCCCCAUAACACCCGAUGGCUUAACGCAGCGGAACGCCGCUUGAGUCAAGUUCGUCUCGCAGAAGAUGCAGGGGAGGCUGACAAGGAUUCCGACGACGUCACCAUUUACGAUGGCUUUUGGCUGGCCAUCAAGGAUCCAAAGACCAUCAUUUUCAUGUUCAUGACCUGCAUGCAACUUCUAGGCCUGAGUUUCACUAACUUUUUCCCCACCUUGACUGCCACGCUUGGUUUUAACACUACUAUCACACUUUUGAUGGCGGCUCCUCCAUGGAUAUUCACGUCAGUCUGCUGCGUGCUCAGCGCAUGGCAUGCAGAUAGGUCUGGAGAGCGAUUCUUCCAUAUUGCCGGCUGGUGGUGGGUGGUCAUCGUCGGAUACAUCAUCUCUCUAUGCACCAUGGCUACGGGCGGGCGAUACUUUUCCUUGUUCCUCAUGACCUCUGGAUAUUGUGGAUUUGCGUUGACAUUGACCUGGGUUUCAAACGCCAUUCCUCGUCCACCCGCAAAACGCGCCGCAGCCAUAGGUCUUGUCAAUGGGUUUGGAAACCUUGGUAACUUGAUUGGCUCGUAUGUCUGGAGUGCUUCGUGGGGUCCUCAAUACCAUCAAUCCAUGAUUAUAGCAUUGUGCAGUCUGCUUUUGUCCUCAGCCCUGGGCUUCCUAAUGCGGUGGAUAUUAAUCAAGGAGAAUAAGAACAUGGAUAUGGAGAAGAGAUUAAUGGAAGGUCCUGGCCGCGAACGUAUUGAAGAAGCUGCUAGAUUGGAAGGGAUUACAUUCGAGGACGCUGUGAAAAGAAGGAAGGGCUUCAGGUAUCUCUAUUGAUCUUCUGUUUUUUCGCAUCAGAUUAUAUGGCUUUGGGCAUUGACCCAAUAUUGGACGUCAUAAGCCUGAGCUUGUUUUUUGUCGGGGGACGAGACAGACUCUUACUGUAUUGAUAUUUGAAGAGACGCUUGAGUCAUGUACAGUAAAUCUUUUAUGAUGGUUGGACUCGGUACUCCAUCACUGAUUUGUGAGUCGACGUACUUGCAGAGUUUGAAUAAUUCAAACUUCGCGCAGGGCAA